ACGGACUUGCCAAAACGAGUGAGUGAGCGGAUCUCUUGCAGACGGUCACUUUCCUACUUUUUUCACGUCGUAGAAGGAAUUGUAAGUUGGCGAACUUUUUGUGCUGCAAUUUUUCCUGUUUUGUCCAAUUUUUCGUUGACUGUCAUAUAUUUUGCAUAGUGCUGAAAACUCCUGUUGUGAAGGAUAACGGAAACGACAGUUGGUAUCCUGGGUAAAGAGUGAAAAGCUUUCACCUAACCUGAUCGCGAAAAGUUUACUUUCUUCGUCUAUCCAUUGUGUGCAUUGCUACGAGAAAAAGAUCGCCUCCGGUGGCACCAGCGUUUUAUAUGACUUUAGAAAGAAUCAAAGAAACAUCAGCACUUAAAGGCGCACCGCUUUCUCCAUUGUUGCGGAGUUUAAGUGGUACAUUGUGCAUGAUUUCUCAACAGCGUAGCAUAAGUCACAGGACUUCAAAGUAUUCCAGUAAUAGACAUCGGAAGCUGCAGCCAUUUAGAGAAACGUGAAAAGCUCGUCAUUCAAGAAAGAAGAACGUACCGCUUUUUGACAAAUAUUGAAAUAUUCCCCCUUUUCGACUGAGAGACAGAAACAAAAGCAAGAGCAAAAGCUGAGAGGAGCUUCGCCAAUUCACGUUAGCAGCAUACAGCGGGAGGUGAUUAUCGAUGUUUUGAAUUCUGUUUGGGCCACAGUUCCCAGACACAUUAUUACAAAAAAAAGUUACAAACUAUACGCCACAAAAUAGGAUCAACAAUAAUAAAAUAAGCGUGAAAUUGCGCUUAUUUCCGCAACAAAAAAUAACUCCGAUAACGUUAAUGAUUUUGAUAUAUUGCGAGUGAUUUUGCAUUGCUCGGUUCAGUGAGUUACCCCUUUCUCAUUUAACCAUUGAAUAAGCUUGUUUUGUUCUUUCUUCAGUUACCAUUCCGUUACAAUAGCUAAACAUUAUCCUAUUUCAAUAUCAAUGUUAUCGGUUUAAUAUUAUUUAUCGGGUUUAUCCUUACCUCUUUUUGUUUGUUUUGUUUUGUUUCAUUUGUGGGUGCACCCGUUUCUAGAAUCCCAAAAAGCGCAUUACCUGUCGUUUUGACGCCGAGUUACAAACAAAGCUGAAAACUGAAGCUCAACAGCGCUGAUUUUGUCGUCAUUGAGCGCAAACGGAAGCUAAGAAUUCACAAUCAUUAUACAAAUGCUUUUGAUAUUAUACACAAUACCACAAAUAGAAAUCGGAGAUACAAUUACCAACCACACCGCUAUCGGAAACCUGAAAUAUUGCAACCCUAGUGGUCGACAAGAACUAAAUUGUGUAGACCGUGCGCUACAACAGCUACAGCAGAUGAAUUUUGCCUGCAGUUAAGCAGAAGCUAAGCGUCCCAUUGUUUUGCAAUCCUGCAGAUAUCGUAGAAUCGACGAAGUUAGCAUAGACGUCGUAUAGUUGACAAUCGGUCCGAUCAAAGCGGUCAAUAUUCUGCUCAAUAAUAUUUGAUCAGAGGAUUUCCAAAAGUACUUCAAAAUGGGUACCGUAAACGUCAACCGUAACGUCACCGACGUCUUCUACCGUUAUAAAAUGCCUCGAAUCAAUGCCAAAGUUGAAGGCAAAGGCAACGGUAUUAAAACUGUCAUCGUCAACAUGGCUGAAGUUGCAAGAGCUAUUGGGCGCCCAGCCACCUACCCUACCAAGUACUUCGGGUGUGAGCUCGGCGCGCAGACUCAGUUCGACCAUAAGAACGAACGCUUCAUCGUGAACGGUUCUCAUGAUGCCAACAAGUUGCAAGAUCUGUUGGAUGGAUUCAUUCGGAAGUUUGUGUUAUGCCCGGAAUGUGACAAUCCCGAAACUGAGUUGAUCGUGUCCUCAAAAAAAGGCACAAUUUCCCAAGGUUGUAAGGCGUGUGGGUUCCAUGGACCGCUUGAAGUAAACCACAAAGUGAAUACGUUUAUUAUUAAAAAUCCUCCGAACGUAAACCCAGCCAGCCAAGGGGCUUCAUUGACCGAAGGCAAGCGUAAGCAGCGUUCCAAAAAAGCCGGUGAAAAUGGGGAUGACUCGACUGCGAACACGACUACGGAUGGCGAUUCGACUGCUUUGGCGGAUGAAAGUAUGGACCGCAGCAUUCGAGCCAACAACGACGAUGACGAUGAUGUCAACUGGACAGUUGACACUUCGGAAGAAGCCGUUCGGGCUCGUAUGCAAGAUCUCACUGAUGGAGCAAAGAACAUGACAGUAUCGGAUGACUUUGAUAAAACGGAAAAGGAACGCAUGGAUAUUUUCUACGAGCUGGUGAAAAAAAAGCGAGAUGCCGGAGAACUGGACAAUGUUCAGACGCACAAAGAAUUGGUCACAGAAGCAAGCCGUUUGGAUAUUCAAUCUAAGGCAUCAUUGGUUCUUGUAGAACUCUUGUUCACAGCAAACGUUGUCCAGGAGGCUCGUAAACAUCGUAAUCUCUUGCUUCGCUUCACUCACAACGACACUAAGGCUCAGAAGUACUUUAUCGGUGGCUUGGAACAAUUGAUUUUCCUUCACCAGGAUAAGCUGAUGGACAAAGUACCUGGUAUUUUCAAACUAUUUUACGAUGCUGAUGUUUUAGAGGAAAAGGCUCUUGAAGAAUGGUCCCAAAAAGUAAGCAAGAAAUAUGUUUCCAAGGAAGUGGCUACGAUGAUCCACGAGAAAGCUCAGCCAUUUAUCAAAUGGCUUAAAGAAGCUGAGGAAGAGGAAUCGUCCGAAGAAGAAGAUGAUUCCGAUGUUGAAAUUGAGUACGACGAUCGUGCCAAAGUCGACGCUCUUCGCAAGGAACCUUCUAAACCAGAUGUCAAGAAGUCAGCUAAACCUGUCGACGAGGAAGAAGAUGGCGACGAUCUCAACAUUGAUGAUAUUUAAAUGUGUAAAGCGCACGCACCUAUAAACAUAUUUUGAAGCUCUAACUAAAAUUUACUGAUCGAUUCCUUAGUGUGUUAAACAUUUACACUACAACCCAACUUUGCGCGUACGAAGUAACAACAAAUGAUACCUAAAUAAUAGCAAACCAAAUUUGUUUCGAAAAUCAAUAGCCAAAUCCAGAAAAAGCAGCAUUAUAUUGUCUUAUAUAACUUAUCGAAAAGAAUAAGUAAAAUGAAAUUUACUGGUCAAUUCUGGAUGUAACUUGUUUCAAUUUUCGUAGCGUACAAUUGUCCAUGAGUCUAUUUUGCUCGCAUUUGAAUGUACAGGCAUGCAUUCGCCCCCAAAUGUUUGAAGAUGAUGUGGGAGCAAUUUCACAACGUCGUCAGCUUUGCAACCUUUCCUGAAUAUAGAUAUAGUUGUCUGUGAGUUCUCGUUUCGAGUAAAAUUAUCGUUAUCUCACAUUACCUCAAGUACGGUGUGUGGUGUUUUCAUGAAAAAUCUGAAAUGCUUGCGUUUGCUCCUUAAUGGGAAAAUGAUAAAAUACUGUUUGUUGUUUCACUUUCACCACAACCAUGUUUUUCGAUGGAUAGCAUUUGUUUGUGUUUAGAAUUAUAUCUAGGCAUCGCAUGCGUAGCAAAACAAUCGGAACAUGCAACAAACAAAAAUUAAAACUGCAAAAAUCAUUAACCAACAGAGCAUAUGUUUGUAACGUAAAAUGGAGAAAACAAACUUCAAACAUAAACGAAUAUUAUUGUAAUCAAUUAUGUUUAUUGAAAUACAACAUUUGAAAAUUGCAUUGAAA